CUCACGCGCGAAACGUUUUUUCGGCUACAUUGCCUCCCGCUUACCAGUGAACCCUCACUUUCCCCCAUUACUCACCUCUCUCUUCCCUGUGCGCGGCGGCGGCGCAUCUAGCAAAUAGCAGAGAGGCCGACGGGAGGAAAGUUGAAGGCCAUCGUCAGUACAUCUAGCAGCAGCAGCACAACUACAACCUGAGGAAAUGGCUAAGCAAGUUUCAUGGACACCUACCAUGUCCAAGUUCAUGCUAACAUGGCUAAGUGAUUUGGUCUCUAGUGGCAAUAGAACAAGUACUGCAUUCAAGCAAUCACAGUUCAACGCUUGUGCCACUGCUUUGAAUGAGCAUUUCCAACUUAGCUUGAAUGGAGAUCAGAUCAAAAAUCAUAAUAGGACAUGGAAGCGAAAACUGCAGAAAAUAGUGAAACUCAAGGACUUGAGUGGUGCACUAUGGGAUGAGGACAAGUCUAUGAUUGUUCUUGAUCAUGAGCAUUACACAAAUCAUGUUAAGGCUCAUCCAGAGGACGAACAGUACCUUAACAAGACUAUUAUUCAUUAUAAGGAGAUGAUGAAUAUAGCUGGAGGGAGCAUGGCUACAGGGCAAUAUGCAAAAGACUCAAGUGACCCUCUUGCUACAGAAGUGGUUAAUCUUGAAGAAGAGACAACCAAGAAACCCACUGCGCCACAUGAAGAGGUUGCACAAUCAACCAAUGCAGGUUCAUCCGGUCCCAAACCAAAAAAGGCCAAACCAAAUCCUUGUGCGGAAGACAGGUUGCAUGCCACCAUACUUGCAUCCAGUGAAAGAAUUGCUAUUGCCAUAGAGAAGAGUUCUAGCACCGAGAACAAUGCCAUAGAUGGUCUUUGGGAGAGCAUGAAAGUACUUCCUGGGUUCAGUUUGGAUUACCUUGCUCAUUACUACGCAUAUUUGGUUGACAAUCCUCGUGUUGCUAUGGCAUUCAAGGUGUUGGAAGAGGAUCAAAAGAAGGUUUGGGUUUCUAGGUAUGUCAAGAAUACCUUUCCUGAAGCGUAA